AUGUGCACUGUCGGUCUGCGCCGAGCCCUGCGGGGGCUGGCAGACUCGCUGCAGCUCCUGGCCCUGUGCAGUGAAGCGGGCAGCGAGGAGUCACUUGGCUUGGGCCUGAGCUGGGAGCGGCUGUGCCAGGCCUGCCGGGCACCAUGGUUCACCGGGGACAGCACAGCACCCCUCCGGGGGCCCUGCAGGUCCCAAGAGCGGGUACAGGCUGUCCCCAGGGUGGUGCUUGUGAGGUUUGCUCUGAGGCUGGGGGUGGCCUGUCUGUGGGACACGUUCAUGCCCCGGGGUGGGGGAGGUUUUGUGGCUGCAGGAAGAGGGGUCAGCCUGUGUGGCCAGGGCUGGCGGCGGCAGGUGCUGCUGCGUCAGACCCCAGAAACCGGGUUCCUGGCCCGCAAGCUGCUGUCGCAGCUUCUCAGCCCGGCUCGUCCCCAGGCCGGUGGCCCUCCCCCGGGCGGCGGUGCCCCCUGGCACCUGAGAAACGUGCUCGGCGACUCCGUGGAAAGCUCGGACGAUGAAUUCUUUGAUGCCAGAGAGGAGGUGGCCGAAGGGAAGAGUGCCCUCCUCAUCGGGAUGAGCCAGUGGAACUCCAACGACCUGGCGGAGCAGAUGGAGACCAUGGGGAAGCUGGAUGAGCGUCCGGGAGACGCGAGCGCCCCGUGCACUUCCAGCACCCUCCAGGAGAAGCAGCGAGAGCUGUAUCGAGUCUCCCUGAGAAGACAGAGGUUCCCAGCCCAGGGAAGCAUCGAGAUCCACGAAGACAAUGAGGAAGGCUGCCUACAGCGCUCCUGCAAGACGCAUGUCCUCCUGCUGGUGCUGCACGGGGGGAGCAUCCUGGACACGGGCGUGGGGGACCCGUCCUGCAAGGCGGCCGACAUCCACACCUUCGGCUCGGUGCUGGAGAAAGUCACGCGAGCCCACUUCCCGGCGGCCCUGGGCCACAUCCUCAUCAAGUUCGUGCCCUGCCCUGCUGUCUGCUCCGACGCCUUCUCCCUCGUCUCUAACCUGAACCCCUACAGCCACGAUGACGGCGGCCUCGGCAACAGCCAGGACCACGUCCCUCUGGCUGCCCUGCCCCUGCUGGCCAUCUCCUCCCCACGCUACCAGGACGCGGUGGCGACCGUCAUUGAGCGAGCCAACCAGGUCUACGCGGAGUUCCUCAGGUCUCCGGACGGGCUCGGCUUCAGUGGGCAGGUGUGUCUCAUCGGGGACUGUGUGGGGGGCCUCCUGGCCUUCGACGCCAUCUGCUACAGCGCGGGGCCCUCGGGGGACAGCCCGGGCAGCAGCAGCCGGAAGGGGAGCAUCAGUAGCACGCAGGACAGCCCGGUGGUGGUGAGCGAGGCGUGCGGUCUGGCCGGCAGCAAGCGCCUCAGCAGGAGCAGCAUCGACGUGUCCAGCGCGCCUGAGGACGAGGGGCCCCAGAGGCCGUUGCCACGGAAACAGAGCGACUCGUCCACCUACGACUGUGAGGCCGUCGCCCAGCAUCACACCUUCCUGUCGAGCAUCCACUCCAGCGUGCUGAAGGACGAGGCUGAGACCCCUGCGCCCAGGGCGUCCCAGCCACCUGAGGUCAGCCUGGGCCGCCUGGACUUCGACGUGUCCGACUUCUUCCUCUUCGGCUCACCCCUGGGCCUGGUCCUGGCCAUGCGGAGGACAGUGCUGCCCGGGCUGGACGGCCUCCACGUGCGCCCCGCCUGCGGCCAGGUGUACAGCUUCUUCCACUGUGCCGACCCCUCGGCCUCACGGCUGGAGCCCCUGCUGGAGCCCAAGUUCCACCUGGUGCCGCCGGUCAGCGUGCCCCGCUACCAGAGGUUCCCGCUGGGCGACGGACAGUCCCUCCUCCUGGCGGAUGCCCUGCGUGCCCACAGUCCCCUCUUCCUAGAGGGCAGCUCACGGGACAGCCCGCCACUUCCGGAUGCCCCCUCCUCGUCUCCCCAGGGCCUGCGGGCCCAGCGCCCGGAACGGAGGACGAGCCAGGACAGCUCCCAUAGUGAGAGCUCAGCGUCCUCGGACAGCCUGGCACCAGUGGGUGCCUCCCACGUCACAGCCAGGUGGUGGGGCGCCAGGCGCAUCGACUACGCCCUGUACUGCCCCGACGUCCUGACGGCCUUCCCCACCGUGGCCCUGCCACACCUCUUCCACGCCAGCUACUGGGAGUCCACGGACGUGGUGGCCUUCAUCCUGAGACAGGUGAUGCGCUACGAGACGGUGACGGUCAAGGAGAGUGCGGGCCUGGACCCCACGGCACUGAGUCCCGCCAAGCCCCGGGAGAAGUGGCUCCGUAAGCGGACGCAGGUCAAGCUGCGGAAUGUGACUGCGAACCACCGGGCCAAUGACGUGAUCGCGGCCGAAGACGGCCCCCAGGUCCUGGUGGGGCGCUUCAUGUAUGGGCCCCUUGACAUGGUGGCCCUGACCGGAGAGAAGGUGGACAUCCUGGUGAUGGCGGAGCCAUCCUCGGGCCGCUGGGUGCACCUGGACACCGAGAUCACCAACGGCAGUGGCCGGAUCACGUACAGCGUGCCGCGGCCCCGGCGCCUGGGAGUUGGGGUCUACCCCGUGAAGAUGGUUGUCAGGGGCGACCAGACCUUUGCGACGAGCUACCUCACGGUGCUGCCCCGGGGCAUGGAGUGUGUGGUGUUCAGCAUUGACGGGUCCUUCGCCGCCAGCGUGUCCAUCAUGGGAAGUGACCCCAAGGUCCGGCCGGGCGCAGUGGACGUCGUCCGGCACUGGCAGGACCUGGGCUAUUUGAUUCUGUACAUCACGGGCCGGCCGGACAUGCAGAAGCAGCGGGUGGUGUCCUGGCUGUCCCAGCACAACUUUCCCCAGGGCAUGAUCUUCUUCUCCGAUGGUCUGGUGCACGACCCCCUGCGGCAGAAGGCCAUCUUCCUGCGUAACCUCGUGCAGGAGUGUUUCAUCAGAAUCAGCGCAGCCUACGGCUCCACCAAGGACAUCUCGGUCUACAGCGUGCUGGGGCUGCCGCCCUCCCAGAUCUUCAUCGUGGGCCGGCCGGCCAAGAAGUACCAGACCCAGUGCCAGUUUCUGAGCGAGGGCUACGCUGUGCACCUGGCGGCGCUGGAGGCUGGCCACCGCUCGCGCCCCAAGAAGAACAACUCGCGAAUGGUCCUGCGCAAGGGCAGCUUUGGCCUGCACGCCCAGCCCGAGUUCCUGCGCAAGCGGAACCACCUGCGCCGCACCAUGUCCGUGCAGCAGCCCGACCCGCCCGCCAACCCCAAGCCUGAGCGGGCGCAGAGCCAGCCCGAGUCCGACAAGGACCACGAGCGGCCCCUGGCCGCGCUCAGCUGGGCACGCGGGCCCCCCAAGUUUGAGUCGGUGCCCUGA